AUGACCUUCAUCUCUCGCAUCGUCGCAAAGCCUGCCUUCAGGUCAUCCUUCCAGCCAGUCACACGCAUCAGCAUAGCCUCGAGAUCAUACGCCAUGGGACACAGUGUACCUCCUCUCAAGGACCCGUCGCUUUUCAAGCAGCAGGCCUUCAUCAAUGGAAAGUGGGUCGACGCAAAGUCGGGCAAGACCUUCGAGGUCAAUGACCCGGCAACACACAAGCCGAUUGGCACGAUGCCCGAGAUGAACAAGGAAGACGCACAACUCGCCAUUGACGCCGCCGCUGCCGCUCUCCCCAAGUUCCGCAAGACAACAGCGAGAGAAAGAGCAAAGAUGCUGCGCAAGUGGUACGACCUGAUGGUUGAGAACGCCGACGACAUUGCGAAACUCAUCACAUGGGAGAAUGGAAAGCCCAUGGCCGAUGCAAAGGGUGAGGCCACAUAUGCUGCAAACUUCUUUGAGUGGUUCAGCGAGGAGGCUCCUAGAGCGUACGGCGAUACCAUCUCUGCCACUGUUGCUGGCAACAGAGUCUUUACCCUCAAGGAGCCCGUCGGUGUAUGCGGUCUUAUUACUCCCUGGAACUUCCCGGCUGCUAUGAUCACCAGAAAGAUUGGCCCUGCUCUGGCUGCAGGAUGCACCGUUGUUGCAAAGUCUCCUGGUGAGACUCCCUUCACUGCUGCUGCUCUGGCUGAGCUUUCCGUCCGUGCCGGUAUCCCUCCUGGUGUUGUCAACAUUAUCACUGCUCUGAAGAACACCCCUGAGGUUGGAGAGGCCAUCACGUCGUCCGACAUUGUCAAGAAGGUCUCGUUCACUGGCAGCACUGGAGUUGGUAAGCUUCUCAUGAAGCAGUCCGCAGACACCCUCAAGAAGCUCUCGUUUGAGCUCGGUGGCAACGCUCCAUUUAUCGUCUUCGAUGACGCCGAUCUCGAAACCGCCGUAAAUGGUGCCAUCGCUUCCAAGUUCCGCUCUUCUGGUCAGACUUGUGUUUGUGCCAACCGCCUGUACAUUCAGAGAGGCAUCUACGACAAAUUCUGUGAAGCAUUUGUCGCGAAGGUCAAGAACUUCAAGGUUGGCCACGGUUAUGACGAGGGUGUCACUCACGGUCCUCUGAUCCAUGACCGCGCUGUUAGCAAGGUCGAAGCUCACGUUCAGGACGCUGUCAAGCACGGCGGUAAGGUCCUUGUUGGUGGACAGAAACUCCCUGACCUCGGCGACAACUUCUUCCAGCCUACAGUCAUCCGUGACAUGACUUCCGAUAUGGCACUCGCCCACGAGGAGACCUUUGGCCCUGUGGCCGGGUUAUUCGCCUUCGACACUGAAGCCGAAGUCGUCAAACUUGCCAACGAUUCUGAAGUUGGUCUUGCUGGCUACUUCUUUUCGCGCGACAUCCAGCGCGUCUACCGCGUAGCAGAGGCUCUUGAAGUCGGCAUGGUCGGUGUUAACACUGGUAUCAUCAGUGACCCUGCUGCACCAUUUGGAGGUGUCAAGCAAUCAGGCUUCGGUCGCGAGGGCUCGAAGAUUGGCAUCGACGAGUACAUGGUCACAAAGAUGGUCACACUGGGCGGUAUGGGACAGCCUCUGCAAGGAGAGUAG